AUGAGUGGACAGUCUGCCUACACCGAACCGAGCUCUACGGCCGACGGGACACCGUUCCCUCCAGCAAACCCUGACUCUUACUUUGAAGCACAAAAUGGCGGACGCCCUAGUUCGCCUACAGAGGUUGCAAAGGGUGCAACGUCGGGAGCAGAAUUGCUCCGUCGAUUGAGCCUGGCCAAGUCCCCGCCCACAAACAUUGGGAAGGACAAGGUCGAGAUAGACCCAAAAGCCGCACAUCCAGGACUCAAUCUGAGCGGUGGCAUCAUCAGUGCAGCCUUCUGUGUCCCGUAUAACAUAGGAUAUUCUCCAGGCGGCGAUUGGGAACUCAGAUCAAGACGUGGAACCUCCGCCCUCUUCGACUCUUUCUCUUACCUUGCGUCUCCUUCCUCCCCCUGGGACCACACUCUGGUUGGCUGGACUGGGGAAUUUAUUGAAAUACCAACGCAUGCAGCAACAAAUUCCGCUACAAAUGUAAAUCCUAUCAACAAAGCCUCAGCUCCAAUCCCGGUGAACGGUGGAAAACCGCCUGUUCCUGGUCAAUCUGAGGGGUUUCAUAUCACCAAAGACAAAAGACGGGAGCUGGAGAAGCAGCUUGAGCGCGACAAUGGUGGAAAAAUAGUUCCUGUCUGGCUCAUGGACGAAUAUGAUGACAAGACCGAGACCGCCAUCAUUAAAGAUCAGUCGAGGUGGAGGAAAUUUGCCGAAAAUGAACUGUACACCCUCUUCCAUUACAAGCAGAAUGAGCCGAAAGACGGCCGGGCCGCUCGAAAACAUUGGGCAGACUACUACCGCAUGAACAAGCUCUUCGCGGAUCGAAUAUUGGAAAUCUACAAACCUGGAGACAUCAUCCUUAUCCACGACUAUCACUUGUUGCUCCUCCCAAGCUUGUUGCGCCAGCGUCUCCCACACGUAUAUAUUGGCUUCUUCCUGCAUGUCCCGUUCCCGAGUAGCGAGUUCUACAGAUGUUUGAGUCGGCGGAAGGAGAUUCUCGAGGGUGUGCUGGGUGCCAACAUGAUUGGCUUUCAGUCUUACAGCUACUCUCGCCACUUCUCGUCUUGCUGUACUCGUAUCUUGGGUUUCGACUCUUCAUCUGCAGGCGUUGACGCUUACGGAGCUCACGUCGCAGUCGAUGUUUUCCCGAUCGGGAUCAAUGCGGAGACAACCAAGAAGGCUGCGUUUGAUGAUCCUGUAAUAGCAGAAAAAAUGCAGGCAAUCAAAGAGCUGUAUGCUGGGAAGAAGAUUAUCGUUGGUCGUGAUAGGUUAGAUGCGAUCAAGGGUGUUACCCAGAAGCUACAAGCCUUUGAGAUAUUCUUGGAACGUUAUCCUGAGUGGAGAGACAAGGUUGUGCUCAUCCAGGUCACAAGUCCAGGAAGCGUCCCAGGAGAUCCGGACAACGAGGACAGUAAGCUCAUCAACAAGAUCUCCGACCUUGCUGCUCGUAUCAACGGUGCCUAUGGCUCGCUCAGUUUCACUCCAGUACAGCACUAUCCGCAGUAUCUAGCGAAGGAGGAAUACUUUGCACUACUGCGACUCGCCGAUGUCGGUCUUAUAACAAGUGUUCGAGAUGGCAUGAAUACGACCAGUCUAGAGUAUGUAAUCUGCCAGAAAGACCACUCUGGACCUCUCAUUCUAUCCGAGUUCUCAGGAACAGCAGGCAGCCUGGGUAACGCGAUACAUGUCAACCCGUGGGAUCUUGGCGGUGUUGCAGAUGCAAUAGAUCGCGCGCUGACAAUGGACGAAGACCAACGCAAGGCGCAACAAGAUCGACUGUAUGAGCACGUAGUGGCAAACAACGUACAAGCGUGGACCACGAACUAUCUCAAGCGGCUUAUGACCAACCUAGCUUCCUUUGAUCAGUCUUUUGCCACUCCAGCUUUGGAUCGUGCGAAGCUGCUCUACCAGUACAGAAACUCACGGAAACGCCUUUUCAUGUUCGAUUAUGAUGGUACUUUGACUCCGAUCGUGAGGGAUCCACAGUCAGCUAUUCCAUCAGACCGUGUGAUUCGGACCAUAAAGACUCUGGCAUCCGACCCGGCAAACUCUGUCUGGAUCAUCAGCGGUCGUGAUCAGGCAUUCUUGGAUGAAUGGAUGGGCCACAUCUCUGAGCUAGGACUGAGUGCCGAACACGGCAGCUUCAUGCGCCAUCCAGGGUCUGAAGAGUGGGAGAAUCUUACGGAGAAGACGGACAUGAGCUGGCAAUCUGAAGUGAUGCGUAUCUUCCAGUUCUACACUGAGCGUACUCAAGGCUCGUUUAUCGAGCGCAAGAAGAUAGCGCUGACAUGGCACUACCGUCGAGCUGAUCCCGAGUAUGGCGCCUUCCAGGCACGUGAGUGUCAGAAGCACCUCGAGGCCACCGUGGCCAAGAAGUGGGACGUGGAAGUCAUGACUGGCAAAGCGAAUCUCGAAGUGCGGCCUCGCUUUGUCAACAAAGGUGAAAUCGCAAAGCGUCUGGUGAAGGCGUAUGGCAACGAAGAAGGCGACCCACCAGAAUUCGUGCUCUGUCUAGGCGACGACUUCACGGACGAAGAUAUGUUUCGCUCGCUCCGCCAGACCUCGCUUCCAGACGACCACGUGUUCUCCGUCACGGUUGGCGCCAGCUCGAAGCAGACGCUGGCUAGCUGGCAUCUCCUUGAGCCUGGCGACGUCAUCUCCGUCGUCUCGCUGCUCAACGGCACUGCCGACGCGGGGAAUGUCGGUGCUGUAGCUGUCGUCGACGGGCAAGUUCCGGAGAGCAGGCUGUAG